AUGACCAGGCUGUAUUUAAUGGAACAUAUAAUGUAUUUGGGAGAACUAGAAGCAAACUAUUGGGAGAUCGAUCAUCUGUAUGGCAUGUUACAUGAGAUAGAAAGAAAGUAUAAGAUCAAAGACGGAGAAUCACGUGUCAAAGAUUAUGUUGAGGUAACGAAGGCAGGAGACCAGACAGGCAUCUUCGUAGAUGAAGCGCCAUCUAGUGGCCUCAAUAUAGCAAGACCACAGAAACGUAUAAUGAACGAUUUAUCUUGGGGUACUAAAUUAAAACUACUAAAGGACUAUCGCGAAAGGCGUGUCGGUGUAUACUACCUCCGAGAGGGGGUGACCGAAGCAGAAGAUUCUAUGAAAUUAAAACUAUUCCGUCUAAUGUAUGAAACGGUUCGAGACAGCGAUUUGAAAGUACGAAGGGCUGAACUUAUAAGACGACAUUAUACAAACUCAACUUCUUUUGAUAUGGGCUUCAUUAUAGGCGAUAUAACAGACAAAUUCAAUAUUAUAUCCGAUAUUGCCCUAACGAUGAAAAGAUUAUACAAAGAGUGGAAGCCAAUGGAGCAUAUAAGUGCCUACGAGCAGAUCGCGAAUAAAGCUAUUGAAAUCACAAACUUAAUUGAUAUGGUACGACUCAUUGAACGAAAGAACACUAAGAUUGCCAGAAUUUGA